UGGCUUUUAAUUUAAAUGCGAUUUGGUUAGACUUCAGAGACGGAGCUGCAGUGUCGUACAUGCCGUUAUUCAAGAAUGAUACACCUUUAUAUUAAAACGAUUUGCGUGGUGUUACUGGCGUUUCUAUCACGAUCACUUAGUGCAGUUUUCCAUAAACUUGAUUCAAAUGGUGAGCCCGGUUUUAAUAAAGUUUCUAAAUCUCUCGUGGUUGAAAAUGAAUUGCUAUGCUCAAGAGCGUGCGUCAAGACUGCCGAGUGUGACAUUAUUGCAUUCAACACAGUAAAUCACACGUGCAUAAUUGGUAGCAAUACCACGGAGAUAACGUUUACACCUUCGUCGAUAGGAACGGCUUGGCGCGUUUAUGAGCUGCAGUGUGACCCACCGAUGGUAAAAUACAGGCACUCAUGCUACUACAGAUCCAAAAUCGGUCGUCAGUGGUUACCGUCCAAGUUGGAAUGCGAGGCUAUGGGAGCACAUCUUCUCGUGGUAACCGAUACAGAAGAAAAUGAUUUCAUAUACAAUGUUCUCUUUAGAGACGAGCCGAAUUUCGAAAUUUUUACCGGGGGAUUUCGACUUAUGGAAGAGUCGACUUAUCAGUGGAUUACCGGGGAGCCUUGGACAUUUGCCAACUGGAAUCCACUGGAGCCGUCGCUAGCGGUAUGGGACACAGGGGAAUCAGAAGAAUGCGUGUGUAUCACAGGCCAGUGGAACUGGACCGACAUUCCAUGUAACCAGACUCGGAUGUUUGUCUGUGAAUUUUAAGUACUAUGUAUUCAGAAUAAAAAACAACAGCAACAGUUCAUGCAUAACAUUAGUUUAUGCAUUUGAAAUGUACUUGGGUAAACAAACGCAGAAAAUGUAUUAGUCUUCGAAGUUUGCAUUUUUUAAUUACCGUAGGGUUUGUAACGCUACACUGUAAAGUACUUUGGUACAAGUUGCACACUCCCUCACUUAAAAGAAAACGACAGUUAAACAGGCGUAACUGAUUUAAAUACCACUUAGAGUUCAGCGUGGUUAAGUCGAUUAGAACAUUAAGUUGAAAAGGCUUACCAAUAUACGAUGUUCGUAUUUACAAACUCGGUAAUUUUCACCAGACAUAAUUGCUUACGAAAGAAAAUAUAUAUAUCAUUGGACGUUUUCACUAAAUAAUAAUACAUGUUUUUGUUCGGAAAAAACAAAAGUAAUUAUUCGAGUCUUGCCUUUUUAAAGUCUUUGAAUUCCGACUUCACUAAUGUAUUCAUCAUAGAAUGUUUGGUUCUCUGAAUUUAAAAUCGAUAAAAAACAGCAAUAUCAGAAUGAAUAUCCGUGUCGACGUUUUAUUAGAUAAAUUUUUAGUAUUUAUUAUAACGGGGGUUGAUUAGCAGAAAAGUUUCGAUUUCAAAAUAUUUAAUUUUGUCUCUUUACAAAUCUUCAAACAUAAACAAUUGGAAAAAAACUCGGUUCUAUCCUCUGAAUGUUAUCGUUGGAUGUCUGCAUGGUUUUACACGUUUAAAAUGUGUUGUUUUCAAAUAAUAUUUUCUUUGUGAUCCAUGGUGGUUAUUAAUACAAGAAUACAUUCACAACAAAUUAAAAGACGAUUUAAACGGCGAUCAGGUGGAGCGGUUAAUUUAAAGUAUCGGCGUCAUAUCUGCAUUUCAAACUUGCAGAACCUAAACCCAAGUGCAGAAUGUUUGCGAUGUUUUGUUUUAAAACAACAACGAUACUACGAACGCAUUUAAUUCUCUUAAUCUAACCUGGAGUAGUAAUAUGGACUUUGUUUCUGCCACGUAAAAUAAUUAAAAGAUGUUCAUGCAAAAGCAGUAUGAAAAGGAAAAAAAUAUUUCUGCACACUUUCGUAACAAAAACAAUGUUUCUUCAAUUAUAUUGGUAUAUAAACCAAUAUUUUCAAACAAACAAAGCAAACCGUAAACAGGCUGCCAUUGUUGACUGGCAUAAGAAGGAUUUAUGUACAUUGAUAUUGUAAGUAUUU